UCCCGAAGUAUUAAGUAUUGACCAGUUGACUACAACUAUUAAACAAUUCACAAUUUCACAAUUAAACAUUCAUUAAUUCUCAUACUUUUGUAGUUUUGUCUAUUGAAUUAAAUUUAGCUUAAGACUUAGUGGUUUCUGACUGUAUUAGAAUUUAAAAAAUAUCUACUUUUGUCAUCAGAUAUGGCUGAUGCUUUCGAUAAACUUCGUAUGAUGGAAGAUGAAAUGAACAAAUUUGAGGAAGAAAUUGGAAUACCCAAUUAUAUGGACUCAACACCUGCUACUCAAUCAUACGGUCAUGUGAAUCGUCAUGGAUAUCCAAAUGAACAUGAUUCAGCAAAUACAUACAUGGAAAGUACAAUGUCCUUAAAUUCUGAUAAUUAUUCAUUGAUGGGACAACAAAAUACACAUGCCUCUCAAGGAUAUAAUAAUAUGCGACCAUCAUUCUCUAACAGUCAAAUGCUAUUACAGCAACCUCAACGGAGAUUUAACGUCAAAGUAGACAAAACAAUUGGUCCUGUUAUUCUGAGUGGUGCUCCUAAACUGUAUACAUCUAAACCUGAACCAUCUCAAAUACCAUCAAACGAUUUGAUGAUUAAAGCAGAAGAUAUUCUAAAAAUGACAACAAGCAUCAAUCCGUUAAAAAAAGAAUCUAAAAAAUCACAACCCACAGUAUUGCCAGGUAAAGAAAUGGCAGAGGCUGUUAAAGCAACAUCUAAAACAGUUGUUGUAUCAGCUGGAGGUAAUGCUGUUGCUGCAGCUGAAUGUGCUGCCUCAAUCCCAAAUCAAUCUGCCAAGAGCAGAGGGAAAAAAAAUAAAAAGUUCAUACGAACUUCUGGUGGACAGGUAUGGGAGGAUCAAACACUAUCUGAAUGGGACGAAGAUGAUUUUCGGUUAUUUUGUGGAGAUUUAGGUAAUGACGUCACUGAUGAAUUAUUAGCUCGAACGUUUAGCCGAUAUCCUUCAUUCCAAAAAGCACGUGUUGUACGUGAUCGCAGAACAAUGAAAACUCGAGGUUUUGGGUUUGUAUCAUUCAAAGACCCAGCUGACUUUAUUAGAGCUACAAAAGAACUCAAUGGACGAUAUGUGGGUAGUAGACCGAUAAAACUACGGAAGAGCAUGUGGAAAAAUAGAAGUUUGGAAGUGACUAAAAAGAAGGAAAAAGAAAAAGCUGCACUCAUUAAUUUAUUAACUGGCCAAUCUUCAUAACAAUAUUUAUUUUUUUACCAUAUAAGUUAACUAAAUAAUAUUUCUGUAAAAUUGUAAGCAGUUAAUAUACUUUUAUUUGAUUCAUA